CAGGCUAGGUAGCAGGGGAAAUUUGGCUGGUAGGAUGUUUACAGUGCCAUCCUUUCAUCUCUGGACCUAUUCUCCCUGCAGUUACUGGGUUUCCCCUGAUGGCAUUACCUGUUCCAUAGAACAGAUGUGAUUCCAUUUGAUUCUGGAGUACCUUGAGUACUCCAAUUCACACCCUUGCACCAAAGCAAGAUCCCUUCUUUCACCAAACUCCUUUUGGACCUGAAAAUGUCUCUUCUCUGGUAAUUCUGUCCCCUGUAAAUCAGAUGCUUCUGCUCUUGCUCUUCUUUGCCCCAGUUACACUCAAAUUUCUCCGGUCUGAAAGUUUAGCUGAAUCUGUCACUUCCAAACUCUUCUCAGGCCAGCUGCUUUUCAUUUGGAGCAAAGUGGAAUCAUCAGCCACAGGUGUGUACUUGUCCUGCUUCUUGGGGGCUGCAACUGAGGCAGGGUAGGUCCUGCAGCCUCUGCUAUAUAACCAGCCCCACAGCACUUACUGGCUGUUCUGUUGGAGGCUAAGAUGAGCCCAGAACCUUUGAAGAAACAUGGUCAUGCUGCUGCUUCUGGGGAAAAAAGAUCUAAAAGGAAGCCAAAGAGAAAGGAAGCAUUUUCAGUCUAUAUUUACAAAGUACUGAAGCAGGUGCACCCCGACCUCGCCAUCUCCUCCAAGGCCAUGAGCAUCAUGAACUCCUUUGUGAACGACAUGCUGGAGCGGCUGGCGGCGGAGGCCUCGCGCCUGGCGCAGUACGGGCGCCGCGCCACGCUCACCAGCCGCGAGGUGCAGGCGGCCGCGCGCCUGCUGCUGCCCGGGGAGCUGGCCAAGCACGCCGUCUCCGAGGGCACCAAGGCUGUCACCAAGUACACCAGCAGCAAGUGA